AUGUCGUCGACAACCGCAUAUGAGCCGGUCGCGAACUUUUACGCGGGGAAGUCCAUAUUUAUAACUGGUGGUACUGGAUUUCUUGGGAAGGUAUUGAUAGAAAAACUUUUGUACAGCUGCCCGAAACUGGACAAAAUCUACACCUUGGUUCGUGAAAAGAAGUCGCAGAGCCCGGAAAAGCGCUUGCAAAACAUGAUUGAACUACCUAUGUUUGCAAGAUUGAGAAAAGAAAGACCAGAAGACUUGAGGAAAAUCGUCCCUGUUGUUGGAGACAUAACUGAGCCUGAUUUAGGUAUUAAAGAAGAAGACCAAGAAGUGCUUUUGGAAAAGGUCAAUGUUGUCUUCCACGUCGCUGCGACGGUAUUGUUCAAUGAACCGUUACGAGUGAGCAUGGACCAAAACUUUGAAGGCACAAAGAGAACUCUGAACAUAAGUAAGAAAAUGAAAAAUUUGCAGGCGUUUGUAUACGUAUCUACGGCAUAUUCCAACACGACUCGUGAGGAGAUCAAAGAGGUCGUUUAUCCCCCACCAGCGCUUUAUGACGACGUUUAUGCUGCACUAGAAAAACAUGGAGAUGAUGAAAAGGAGAUUAAAUUGAUUCUCAAUGGUCAACCUAAUACCUACACAUUUACAAAAGCACCGUCUAUCGUUAUGGGAAGUAAAACUGAGCCCAUAGAAGGUUGGGUGGACAACUGGUUUGGGGCAAAUGGAACUAUGACGAUGAUUGGAAAGGGUUACAUUAGAGUACUGCUUGGGAAAGGUUCCAAUAUCCUCGACAUGAUUCCAGUUGACUACGUCUCGAAUCUUGUCGUGGUAGCAGCGGCAAAAUGCAAAGGGUCCAAGGAAAUUUUAGUGUACAAUAGUUGCAGCAGUACUGCAAACCCGGUAACUCUGGAAUCGACGUGCAGAUAUUUUAUAGCUGAAACUGUUAAUUUAAAACUAAAUGAUAUCCCAUACCCGACAAUCACUUUUUCAAAGUACCAGUGGCUAGUAAAGAUAAUAAUAUUUAUAAUUCAGACGAUUCCAGCCUUUAUAAUGGAUUGUUUUCAACUCCUAAUGGGAAAAGAGCCAAGGUAUCAAAAGCUACAAGCGAAGCUCCAACGGUUGCAGAAUAGUCAAGAAUAUUUUACGUCCAAUUCGUGGUUAAUUCAUUCGGAACAAACGCAAGCCCUAUACGCCUCCUUGUCGGAAUCUGAUAAAUCUCACUUCAAAUUUGAUCCCUGUGAUAUAGUAUGGUCUCAAUACAUAUCGGUCUGCUAUAAAGGAAUUAAGACUUAUUUGUUU